AAUUUUGAUUGUUCUUACAAAUCUAUAAGAAUUUACAUAGGAUACUUAAAUAUAUAUGGAUUGAUUUGUAAGAAGAACACAUCCUUCCUGUUAUUUGCAGAAAACAAAAAAUGGUCAUGAGUCUGUUUUUCUAUUAUUCAUUUCUGUGUUUUGUGUUGCUAAUAAGUGAAUGCUUUUCUUCUUCCUUUGAUCAUCAUCAUCUUUGCUCUCCUACUGAAGCUUCUGCUUUGAUUAAGUUCAAACAAUCCUUUCAAAAUAUGUCCGAAGAGUACUACAGAGAUUGGUCUGAUGGAGAUUGUUCUCCAAAAACAAAGUCUUGGAAUGAGAGUAGGGAUUGCUGUAGUUGGGACGGAGUCACUUGUGACUUGUUAAACGGUCAUGUUAUCGGUUUAGACCUUAGUUGCAGUCAGAUUGUUGUCACUUUUCAUCCCAAUAGCACCCUCUUCCAACUUCAUCAUCUCCACACACUAAACCUUGCUUACAAUCACUUCAAUUAUUCUUCGAUCCCACAUAACAUUGGCCGAUUGGCGAAUUUGAGGCAUCUUAACCUUUCUGAUGCUUGGUUUCAAGGGAAAAUCCCAACGGAAAUCUCAUACCUUUCCAAUUUGGUUUCACUUGAUCUUUCUUAUAGUUAUGGAUUACAACUUGAUGAGAGAACAUUUGUAACAAUGCUUCACAACUUGACAAAUCUGGAGCUACUUUCUCUCUCUGAAGUCAACAUCUCAUCUCCGAUACCUCUCAAUAUUUCUUCUUCCUUAAGGUACUUGGAUCUUGAUAAUACUAAUCUGCGAGGUGUUCUCACAGAGAGCUUUUUCCAUCUGCCAAACAGCUUGGAAACACUCAAAUUGAGUAGUAAUGAUCUUCUCAAAGGAGUUUUUCCAAAGAUCCACCGGAGAAACACUCUGUUAAUGGAGUUGGAUAUUUCAGACACAGGCAUCUCCGGUGAGCUGCCUGAUUCAGUUGGCACCUUCAGUUCCUUGAAUAUCUUGAACCUCCAACGAUGUCAUUUCUCUGGUUCCAUUCCUGAUUCCAUUGGCAACCUAACACAAAUUACAGAGUUGGAUUUCAGUCAUAAUAAUUUCACAGGACAUAUUCCUUCCACAAUCUCUAAAUUGAAGCACCUCACAGGUUUACAUCUUUCGUCCAACUCCUUUUCAGGUGAAAUUACUGAUGUUUUCUCUAACCUACAACAACUACGUUAUUUAUAUCUUUUUAGAAACAGCUUCAUCGGUCUAUUUCCCACUUCAAUUUUAAAUUUGAGACGUCUUGAAAGAUUAGACAUGUCGAGUAAUUCCCUAUCUAGCCCACUACCUAAGAAUGCGAGCAUUCUUCAAAAUCUAAAUUAUUUGGAUUUGUCUUACAACUCACUGAAUGGUACCAUACCAUCUUGGGUGUUUAGCCUACCUUUGCUAUCUUCAGUGUCGCUCCAUCAUAAUCGAUUCAGAGGGAUAGCUGAUGAAGUGAUCAAAACAAACCCAACAUUAGAACGCCUCGAUUUAAGCCAUAAUCAACUCAGUGGUUCUUUUGCUCAAUCACUUGCGAAUCUCAAAAACCUUUAUUACCUUGACCUUUCAUCAAAUAAAAUCACCAAUGAUAUUACGGGAAUCAAUAUCACUUUCCCUAGCCUGGGAUUUUUGCAUUUAUCAUCUUGUGAACUGAAGGAUAUUCCAUACUUGUUGAGAAAUGUAAAGACACUUGUGUACUUAGAUAUUUCUAACAAUAAGAUUUCUGGUCAAAUCCCUAAAUGGUUUAGCGGCAUGAGGUGGGACUCGUUGCAGUUCCUAAACCUUUCUCAUAAUUCACUAACAGGCAACCUACCACGAUUGCAUUAUUAUACUCUACAGUAUCUUGAUCUGAAAUUCAACUCCCUUCAGGGUCCACUACCUUCAUCCAUUUGUAACAUGAGUUCGCUUAUCUUAUUAGAUUUAUCACGCAACAACAUCAGUAACUCGAUUCCAAGUUGCUUGGGAAGCAUGGCUAAUCUAACGGUGCUGGACUUAAGAAAGAACAAUUUCACAGAAGUUUUUGGAAUCUUCAAGGCAAUGAUCAAAUUAGAUAACGAAGACACAGGAGAGAUCAAGUACAUGAGACUAUCUGACACAUCGUAUGAGGAUUCAGUGACAUUGGUAAUCAAAGGUCAGGAUAUUGAGCUACAAAGAAUCAGCACAAUUAUGACAACCAUAGAUCUCUCAAGCAACCAUUUUGAAGGUGUCAUUCCGAAAACACUAAAGGAUCUCAGCUCACUUUGGCUACUCAAUUUAUCCCAUAACAAUAUCAGAGGUGAUAUUCCAAUGGAAUUAGGGCAAUUGAAUACGCUUGAAGCUUUAGAUCUCUCCUGGAAUCGCCUCACUGGAAUGAUUCCGCAGGAAUUGACAAGAAUGAACUUUCUGGCCUUCUUAAACCUCUCUCAAAAUCAUCUCAUCGGACCAAUUCCUCAUGGUCUACAGUUCAACACAUUUGGAAAUGACUCGUAUGGCAGCAACCUUGAUUUAUGUGGUCCUCCUUUAUCAAAACAAUGUGGAACAAGUGAUUCAUCGCAUCUUCCUCAACCUUUGGAGGAAGAAGAAGACGAAAGUGAGUCAUAUUUUUUUAGUGGAUUUACAUGGGAAUCAGUAGUCAUAGGCUACAGUUUUGGACUCGUUGUUGGAACUGUCAUGUGGAGUCUCAUGUUUAAAUAUCGUAAACCAAAAUGGUUUGUCGAAUUUUUUUGAUGGACUCACGCCUCACAAAAGAUGAAGGCCAAAGAAGAGAGCUCAGAGACGAAGGACUUAAUGGAAAAUUGAGAGGGGCCAAGUUGUCUUCGUUUAAUUUUGUGGACUUAUUAGUGAAGUUUUCUGGUUCUGUUUUUAUCUUUUCAACUUUUUGUCUGUUGUUUGUAUAUGUUUGAUAGAAACAUAAUUAUAUGUGUGUUAUUCAAGUUAUGUUAGUUUGUUAUUUAGAUCUGUCUAAUAACAGCUUCAUCGGUCCGUUUUC